GUCGUGUACGCACGCCGCCGCCGCCGCGCACCGGUCUCCCCGGUCGGGUCUACUAACCUAACCCGGUGGCCCGCGGGUCAGUUCACUCCGAUCUGGGAUCGCGGCCGCCAGGUCUCCGAAAGGUCAAAAAUCCGAGACGAUCGUCGUCCGUGCCGCCACAUUACGCGCGUGGGAAUUUUAUUUUAUCACUCGAAAUAUAUUUUUUUGUAAUUAUUUUUCGUUUGUCCGUAACCGCGGUAAGAGACGAAACCGAAAAUAAUUGUUACCAAUAUCGGGAAUUUUUUUUUUCUACUACUACUCAUGAGUGCCGCGUCGGAAAAAUAAUAUUCGUUGAUUUUAUAUGUGCCGCGUCGUUGGUGAAAAAAAUUAAAAAUCGUUCUUGUUCGCGUUAGUGUUUUUUUCGCGCCGACGAUAACAGUUCGGCCGAACAGCAGCGGGAUCUCGCGUAGUGCUACGGCGCCUGGCGGUUUACCGGUAAGCGAACGGCGCCACCACUGCCGCCAAGUCGGGUCCCCAAGCCCGACAGUCUCAGCGGAAGCUCAGGUCCACACCGGCAAGCACCAUUAUUAUUCCGCAUAACGGCCUCGCGGUGUGUCGCGCGGCGGUAGGCGGACUAUGCACAGUGUCCGGUGGCGGCGGUCCCGGCAUGACGGGCGUCGGCGGCCCGACGGGCGGUUCGGCCGCUCCGCCGUCGCAUCAGGGCCCGCCGCACGGUGGACCGCCGGACCUGCUGACCAGUGGCCACCACCACGAUCUCGGCGGGUUCACCCGGAGCAUGGCGUUGGUGACGCCGGCCUGGCGCGACCCGCCCGGCGGUGGCGGUCACCAUCUGGAGGAGCCGCAGCAGAGCACCACGCCGGGAACGGCCAGCUCGCAGUCCGGCGGUUCGCUGGUCACGCUCGGCGGACAGUGCGACAAGAACGGACAGAACAUCGAGUGCGUCGUGUGCGGUGACAAGAGCAGCGGUAAACACUACGGACAAUUUACUUGCGAAGGCUGUAAAAGUUUUUUCAAAAGGAGCGUCCGCCGGAAUCUCACGUACUCGUGCAGGGGCAGCCGGAACUGUCCCAUCGACCAACACCACCGGAACCAAUGUCAGUACUGUCGACUGAAAAAAUGUCUGAAAAUGGGCAUGCGCAGAGAAGCCGUUCAGAGAGGUCGAGUUCCGGCCAGUCAACCUCCCGGGCUCACAGGACUUCCCGGUCAGCUGUGCUUGGCCAACGGCGAGGCAGCCGCCGCUGCGGCCGCCGCUGUGGGAGCCGUAGGACUUAACGGCCACUCUUACCUGUCCUCCUAUAUAUCGCUGCUAUUGCGUGCCGAACCAUACCCGACGUCUAGGUACGGCCAAUGCAUGCAACCGAACAACAUCAUGGGCAUAGACAACAUAUGCGAGCUGGCAGCCAGGUUGCUGUUUAGCGCCGUCGAGUGGGCUCGAAACAUACCUUUCUUCCCAGACCUGCAGGUGACUGACCAAGUGGCCUUGCUGAGGCUCGUUUGGAGUGAACUGUUUGUACUGAACGCGUCACAGUGUUCGAUGCCACUGCACGUUGCCCCUUUGUUGGCCGCAGCCGGGCUGCAUGCGUCUCCAAUGGCCGCAGAUCGUGUGGUCGCUUUCAUGGACCACAUACGCAUAUUCCAGGAACAGGUGGAGAAACUUAAAGCCCUCCACGUAGACGCCGCCGAGUACAGUUGUCUGAAAGCCAUCGUCCUGUUCACCACCGACGCUUGCGGAUUGUCGGACGUGGCGCACAUCGAGUCGUUGCAGGAAAAGUCGCAGUGCGCGCUGGAGGAGUACUGCCGGACGCAGUAUCCCAACCAGCCGAUCCGGUUCGGAAAACUGCUGCUCAGGCUGCCGUCCCUGCGCACGGUCAGCUCGCAAGUCAUAGAACAGCUGUUCUUCGUCCGGCUGGUGGGCAAGACGCCCAUCGAGACGCUCAUCCGGGACAUGCUGCUCAGCGGCAGCAGCUUCAGCUGGCCGUACAUAAACUCCAUGUGACACUCCGUCUGGAGGCAGAUGACGGGCACGCCCGGCCCGUUGUGAUGCCGCGGCCGCCGCUCGUUCUUACACUCAGCCGAUCGUCGUCGCUUAGCGAAAUUAAAAAAAAUAUAAUAUAUAUUAUAAAUGAUAUUGUAACGGAUAUCGUCCACGCUCACAUAAUAUUAUUGUCUGUAAACAUUGUGUUACCGUGUAAUGUGGCCUCGCCAUCACCGCCGGGUACCGGGACGUGUGCCGUCACCUUUCGCGCGUCGAGAGAAAAUCACCAUCGUCUCCGCCGCCGUCGCCGCCGUCUCGUCGUUGCACCACCGAUCAUAAUAUUAUUGUAUUUAUUAUUAUAUAGUAAUGCAUAUAACCGUUCGGUCGACAGAUACAUAUGACCAAACAGAGAAACGUGUUCGACGCACGAUGACCUAUUAUACUACGGCAUCGCGCGGUCAUUAUAUAAUAUAUUUUAUUAUUAUUAUUAUUAUUUAUAUACAUAAUAUUAUAUUAUUACCUAUGCGUUUUAUUAUUAUUAUUAUUAUUAUUAUAUCUUUUUUUUUUCGUUUGUUUUUAUUGUUUUUAUUAUUAUUAUUAUUAUUAUUAUUAUUUUUAAUAUCCCAAAAAUUAGGCUCUAUAAGUGCGUUUUAGUCUACACGUCACUUAGACGACCGGGAGAGUUGCAAUAAAUUACGAUUUUAAACCGUAUAAAAAACAUUAUUUUUUUUCUGACUAAUUUUUUUUUGAUAAAAAAUUCCAUCGGUUGUACAUUGAACAAUUUUAAUUUUAUUAUAUUAUUACUACCUAUUAUUUUUAUUAUACUUAACACUAUAGUCAAACUCGCGACUGUAAAUACCUAUCUAUAUAUAUAUACACAUACAUAAAUAGCAUGUACAAAAUAUGCUUAUGGGAUAUAUAUACAUAUCGAACAAACCAAAAAAAAAAAUACAAUACAUAAUUUUAAAUAAAUACAACGCCCUGUGAGAAUAAUAAUAAUAAUAAUAAUAAACGUUUUUGAGUCAUAUAUAUAGUACGAUAAUAUUAUUAUUACUUAGGUUAUUGUUUUGUUUUCUUUGCAGACUUUUUUCUUUUUUUUUCUUAUUUAUACUAUAUGAUAUUAUCACGCAUUUAUAUGUAUAAUAUUUAUUAUUAAAUUAUAAUAACACGUUCGAAACCAUACCUUAUAUUACCUAUAUUACCUUAACUAAACACGCCAUUUCUCUUUUACGUUAUCUGUAAACGCUACAACACUGCGUAUGUACGCACAAGACAUUACUCUGCAGACACACACAGUAAAAACAUAAUAACUUUUCAUAAUUGCACGAGUCUUGCAGUGUUCUGUUAUAUUUUCGAAAAUAUGAAUACACGCUUUUAUUUAUUUUCAAAUGUUUGAUUAUUAUUUAAGUGGCAUGUCUAGUUAAAUUGAGCAAGGCGAUGGUUAUAUAGCUACACCUCGUCAUGCUCAUACUCAUUUUAAAGUUUGUUUUUUUAUUUAUAUAUAUAUAUAUAUACGUAGGUAUAUGUAUGGCUUUUCAAUGAUUGGUUUUAUUUUUGUUUUUUAUGUUACCGUUAAACAUAGGGUAUAGAAUUUUUUAAUUAUUUUUGAAUCGGUUAUCGAAAUAAAUGUUUAUCAUUAAACUGUUUUAUUUUCCUGUAAACGAUAUCAUAAUACAUUUUUAACAUUAAAACAGA